AUGUCGUCAGGCGCCGAUGAAACCGGUGAAACCCCACAUCUUCAAUUCCCCCCUCGCAUGUUCGUCGUUGGUGAUGAACCACUGGGAAUUAGGGUUACUUCAUAUCAUAAACCAUCUGCCAUCACCAAAAUUCUAAACGCUCUAACUGAAGAUGAAAUCGAAGCUAUCCGGAAGACCGCUUUUGGGAAACUGGUGGAAAUUGCCGAUAAACCGUCAUUCUCUGGCCGAUUUGGGAGGUUUCUUAUAUCAAGACAGUUGAAGAUCGUGAAGAAACACGAAGCCUGGUUUCUUUUUGCCGGUAAACCAGUUAGGUUCUCCAUCAGAGAAUUCGCGAUGGUGACCGGCCUCAACUGCCGGAAGUAUCCUACUAAUUCAAAGAAGAGGAGCACGAAGAGUAUAACAGAGAAGCCGUAUUGGGGUGAGCUUUUUGGGUUAAUGACUGAAGUUCAACAUGCCGAGAAGAUUAAAGAUGUUGAUCAGUUCCUUGUGUUCCCGUGGGGGCGGGCUUCCUUUGACAUGCUUAUGAGCAGCAUAAAAGAGAGAGAUGAAGUAUCACUAUUACAGAACACCAUUGCCCUCAAAGGGUUUGUGCUAUCAUUACAGCUUGUAAUGAUUGAAGCUGUUCCUUCACUUACUGAAGUUGUUGAAGAUGGGGGUUCUUCUGCCUCCGACGGCGAUGAAUCUGAUGAUGAAGAUGGAAAGGGAAAGAAAAGUAUCAAUACUGGGCAUGUCAGUGAUAUUGAUACUGUCGCGAAGGCUCACGUUGUUUCUAUUAUCACUGCGGGAGUUGAAGAAUUUCAUCUCAACCCCGAACUCGGAUCUUCCGAUGACGAUGAAGAUGUGCUUGUAGCCAAUUUGGUCAAGUGUGUGGAAGAUGGAUUUGCGUUUGCUAAUUCCCAUUUUAUCGGUGGGGCUACCAAAGCUGACGUGAACCGAAUGCGUGAAGACGGUAAAACAGGAAAAAACCGCUCACGGAAGAACACCAAAGUGAACCUGAAAGAGCCUGUCACGGAUGCCGUCGAUGCUGAUUAUGUUGCAGACAUUGUAAGAAAGAGUGUCUCAGCAGAACUGUGCAAGAUGGGGGAACAAAUCAAGAAUCUCAGUGACAAUGUAACGACCUCGCAUCCGCUUUUUCGCACCGACAUCCAAGGCAUGUUCCAGAAUUUUCAGAGGGAUAUUACGAAGUUUGUCACUCCCCUUUGCACUGCCCCACAUAUUCCCCCACCACUUCCUACCCCACACUCUACUCAAUCUGGAAUGAGAAACCCGUCGGGUAGCACCACUCCUGCAAACGCAAAUAACAUCAUCAAUGAGGCUGUUCGUUUUGCAAAUCAGCACUCACUCCAAACAAAGAAGGGUAUAACGGCCGAAAAAGGGGUAGUCGAAGAAACUAAUGAUGAUGAUGCGGACGUCAAUCUCGAAUCCGAACCGAAUGCCGAUGGCCGUUCAGACACAGAUGAUCCUGCUGUGGAGACCAAUCCUCAUCUACAAGACAGUGUAAAAGCUGAUGUCCUUCCGGACACAAACGCUCCUGCUGUGGAGACCAAUCCUCAUCUACAAGACAGUGUAAAAGCUGAUGUCCUUCCGGACACAAACGCUCCUGCUGUGGAGACCAAUCCUCAUCUACAAGACAGUGAAAAUCACCCAAAAUCAAAAGAACCUACCGAUGUUGGUCAUAGUCGAGUCCCACUCGUGGCUGAAAACGAUCCCAUAUCGAAGGACAGUGGAGACACUAGUCUUGCAUUUCCUAGGCCAACAUUUUCCCUUGGCCUGACGCAGGAAGAUCCUCAACUAUCCAAAACUAGUGCACCUGACAGCGAGGACUAUGGUGAUGAACAUAUGACAGUCGAUCCACCACCCACUUCCAAUGAGAACGAUGCUCCAGCGCCGCUUUACAGGAAAAGCAAGCGUCCACGAGUUGUUCCUAGGUCACUAGUUGGUGAUUACCAGUGUGAUAAACGUAUACUGGUGCAUGCGUGGGAAGCGCAUGUCAAUGCCACUAGAAGGGUCCCCAACAUUAACUACGCUGUGAAAUUCGCUGAACUUUCAUCGAACACAAUAAAACUCGAUGGCUUAUCUCUCACUAGUAAAGAGCUCUCUGCAAUUGUUUACAUGUCUACGCACUUACCCCCACAGGUUCUUGACGUCCUCAUUCAUCAUACGCGUUCAGUUUUCCAAUCCCAUCCAGUCUCGCUCCAAUCAAAGAACUCUGUUUUUCUGGACACAAAGUUUGUCUCACUCCUUGCUAAGACAUUUGCCAAGUUCUCCAAAGCAUCUAAGAAAGAGAUUUUUCGAUUUCCAGCCGCAUUAGCUGACUAUUUAGUUCAAGAUUUCCCAAUUGAUGAAGCUAAUCGUUUCUACUUCCCUUUCAAUUUUGACAAGAAGCAUUGGGUUGGUGUUUGCGUUGACUCAUCCCUAGGCCAGGUUUCUGUUUUAGACUCCAACACCUCUCUCAGGACAGACGGGAUGAUCACGUCAGAAAUGCGUUCUAUUUCACAGAUGUUUCCUUACAUACUGAGACAAGCUGGGAAACAAAUUAGUUCCAAAGACAUGAAGACAUUCACCAUCGACAGACCUCGUUCCAUCCCUCAGAACACCACCUCGUUUGACUCGGGUGUUACUUCUAUUUUAAUAAUCCAAGCUCACGCGGUUGGGGGUCUCGAAGUCUGCAAAUGCAUCACACCUGAUGUGCUAGACAUUGAGGUGGAGCGCCUCGCAGUUAUGAUCUAUGAAGAAAACAUUGGAGUCAUCUGA